GCAGGGAGGGGCCGGCGGGUGUGAGUGAGGCCCCUUCGAGCGCGGCGCUUCCGUCCUGGCGUGGCCCUCAGCCAAGGCCUUCCUUCAGAGAGGCGGCAGGCCCCGCUCUCUCUUGGGGACGGAGACCUUUCCAGACAAGGGCGAGCGCCUCCCAAGCCUCUGGGGUCCUCGGGCAGUAAAAGGGGUCGGGCCCACAGCUCGCUUUGUAAAGGAGCCCCUGCCGCCCAGGGCUGCCUUCUCCCUUCCUGGAGCUGAGCUCAGUUCUUCCGACAAAUCAGCGACAUCCGCACUAUCAUGCCUAGCCCUAGGAAUAGCCCAAAGAGUAGCCGUGAGAGACGGGCCCCAGGCAACAGACUGGAGUUCCUAUCAUUGACAAGUCAGAGGAGCUCAGCACCCCCAGAAAGCCCUUCUCAUCGCAAGGAAUCGACAGCCAGCGCUGGUCCUCCACAGGCUUUACCUGAAGAGGACUGCAUGAAGCUGAAUCCAUCUUUUGUGGGUAUUGCCCUGCGCUCCUUGUUGGCUGUUGAUCUUUGGGCCUCUAAACAGUUGGGGGUAUGUGCUGGAGAGAAUUCCCCCUGGGGCAGUGCUCGUCCUCUGAUGAAGGCUGUAGAGAUUUCAGGACAUGGCAUUCCUUGGUUGGCUGGCACGUUGUAUGGGCUCUGUAGAAGUGCCAGCUCAGCAGGCCGUGAGGUGCUGCUCAACCUGCUCUUUGCUCUGAUCCUUGAUCUAAUUUUGGUGGCAGCGGUGAAAGGAUUGGUAAAGCGCAGGCGGCCAGCUCACAACAAGAUGGACAUGUUUGCCACGGUGUCUGUGGACAGGUAUUCCUUUCCUUCAGGUCAUGCGACGAGAGCCGCCAUGGUCUGCAGAUUUAUUCUACACCACCUUGUCUUGGCUGUCCCUCUGCGGGUGCUGGUGGUACUUUGGACCUUCAUAGUGGGAAUCUCUCGAGUCAUGCUAGGCAGGCACAAUGUAACAGAUGUGAUAUUUGGGCUAAUCAUGGGCUACAUGCAAUACAGCCUGGUGGAGUACUUCUGGUUGUCACCUGUCAGUGCUCCUGUUCUUUUUUCAUUGUGGAGUUGAUGGCCUCAUCUGCCUGAGCACAAGCAAUAAAAAUUAACAAAGCUUCACAUGGUCAGCAAGAUAGAUGGGCAGGACCAGCACGAUUUCUCUUCAGAGGGUGGCUGGGCUGCUUAGGUUCAUCUCAUAAGGUUGUUUGGUGCCUUCUUGUUUUCUGAACGUGUUGCUGGGCUGGAGCAUGGACCAACCCAUGAAACUGCACGAACCAUCCCAUAGUAAAACUUCAUUUACUUGCAAGAUUAGAAGCAAUACUGUUUACAUCAGGCAAUUAUGAUAUCAGAUGAUUGACAGAUGAGGGGUCCCACACACCUCUCAAAAUCGAUCCACAAGGGGGGGGGGAGAUAAAGGUCUGGCCCAGUAGACCAAAAAGGUCCCACCCACCCUACUCCCCGCUGUAAACUGAUAAAGAUAAUAUCUCACAUAAACCUCUGUAUUCCACGUAAGUGGUGGACAUGAUUUUGUGCUAUAGUUGUCUGGUUGAUACUGUGUAAGCUGUACAUAUUCCAACUGGUAAUGAUAACUUGCUUUUGAAAUUGUCACAAUGGCUAUUUGGUUAUUCCAGCAUUUCUCAAAUUGUAUUCUGCCAAACGCUGGGAUCCAGCAAAGCAGCCCAAGAGAUUCUGCAGAGAAGAACGUAAUAAUAGUUGACAAGCAUGCACAACGUGUGAUUUCGAUGGAGCUGCAGCCAUGGGGAUUAAACGUACUAAAGCAGUUGUCCUGGGAAUCCUUUCCCUUUCUUUCCUUCCCUUACCAUACUUUCCACGGGCGACAUGGACAGGAUGCAUUGCUUCCUUGGCUUUCCAACCCUGUGCAUUGUUGAGAGUGACUGAGAGAGGGAGGGGCAAGGCAGCGUGCAACUUAGUGUGGCGGGCAUAGCGGAGAAGUCGGUUUGCCACUGCCCACUGCCUGCCUCCUGCCCUCCCAGUCCUUGGUAACCAGCAGCAGUCUGCAGCAUUAGGAAGCCAGGGAAGCAAUGCUGGUCUUUCACGUUUCUGCUUGUCCUGCUGCUUUUCCCCAGGAAACCCUGCUGUUUGCCGCUGAAUCAGAACAAAUGUCAGUCAUUUUUUCUGUGGAUUGAUGAUUGUCCAAAUCAGUGGUAAACGGUGGGUUUUCCUGAGAAAGCAGCGGGGCAAAUGAGAACCUCUCAAAACCGUGCUUUCUAGACACAGAACAAGUGGAAGUGGACGAGCCCUGAGUGUGGUGGGAUAUUCUCAAGACUGAAGUGCCUUUGUACUAUUCUAAUGGCAGGAAGUAAAUGGAAAUGGGUUCUAGGAACAUUGCUUACUCAAACUGUACUUAAUACAGACCCACCUGAACCAUCAAACAGCUUUAUGGAGAGGCAGACUUUUUGCAGGACAAGAAUAUGGCUGAAGAACCCAGCACUUCAUGUUUUGCUUUUCAAAAGUAGAAGUUUGUGGUAGGAAGGUAGGACUUCAAUGGAGCUUUAAAUAAGACUGCUUAUUAACUCUACAAUAUUAAUCGGAAGCUGAUGUUAAUCCAGGCAUUUGUUGCAGUGUUCGCCUGCUGUGAGAGUCUAAUCAAUCAUAAUUUUUAGUAUAUUCAGUCCUAAAUGCAGCCUUUUAAGAGAAACUGUGAUAUUAAAAUAAUCCAUUCCAGCCUUUUAUCUGACUCCCACCUCAUGAACUGUAGCUCAAGCAAUGGUAUAGCUCAGGUGUGGCAAACCUGUUUUAGCCUGAGCUCCACAUUCACCCUUGGCCAAUACUUGGGAAUUGAACUGUACAAAACACACAGACUACACACCAUAGACAGAUCAGCUGAGGAAGCAGGUUAUUGCUUUCUCUCCACUCUCCAGAUCAUUACUCUAAUGGACAGGGAAGAGACCAUUUGCUUCCUUCUUGUAGUGCAGAGAUGGGCACUCACUGCCUGGUAGGUCAAAAGGGGUGAAAAUGGCUCUGCCCCAUUUUUACUUGGCACAGGGUUUUGUUUUUCCCACCGGAGGUGCUGUGUAACAUUGGGUUGAGGGAUUAGCAAGUCCUUGGGGAAGGCUUGGAAGGCUGGAUCCAGCUCAAGGACAGGCAGAUCACUGCAACUGAUAUAGCUGAAUCAAGCGCAAUUAAGUAUAUUUGGCAAACACAUUUUUUUUGCUCAAUGCAUCACCACCCCAUUUUGUGUUUGAUCUGGAGUUCAUUCUGUGUGUUUGUAGCCAGUCUAGAAACCUUGACAAGUAAUAAUAAUAAUAAUAAUAAUAAUAAUAAUAAAAUCAGCAGUAGCGUUAGUCACCAAACUGUUAACUUUGGAAUUCAAAAGUGUCUUAUGUAAGCUUACCUUUACCAGUCUAGGAAUUCGUUUUGUUGUUGUUGCAAAGUUACUUGAAACAAAUCCUAUAUAAGUUUACAGUAUUCUCACUAACAAGUUUUUACUGUGAGAGCCUUCUGUUUCACCUUUGUGCCAUUCUGUUUUAAAAGUGGAUUUUCUGUGUAAUAACAUAAAACAAGCCUGCUAGGGGCUCAUCUAGUCUAGUAUCAUGCUUUCACAGCGGCUGAACAGGUGCCUGUGAGAAGACAGCGAGCUGGAGAUGAGCAUCACAGCAUUCUGCCCACCUGUGGUUCCCAGCAGUUCUGUCUGUGAUGCACAUUGUACUCUUACUCUGUUCGGUUGUAAUUCUUCAUGUUGCUGGGCAUUCGACUCUGAAACUAUUGUGAAUCGUUGCUAAAUGCUAGUUUUCCUGGAGCUUAGAUCAAUAAAAUAUUAUCCUUGUCUGUGCCUUUCCAUGACUCAACCUUGUGUUUUGCCAAAUGUGUUCACACUUGUGAAUUGCAAGUGUUCUUUUGGAUUCAGUGGCAAUAAGAACAUCAGUGGAGAGAACUUCAGUGUUUUUAUGAAGUAGCAGACUUCAUGCAUAAUAAAAAGCAGUGAAACAGCCUUUAAGCAAAAUAAUGACCUAUCCAGUCAGGGCCUACAUCAAGACACGUUGGUCAGGCCCCAUCAAUCUGGGAGACUGAUAUACCGGUACUUCAGACUUGUAGUGGCUACAUGCUGGCUGUCCUGAUACCUAAAUUCCUCCCACUUGUCAGGGAAGAUGGGCCAAUAGCCAGGGGCUAGCAGACUUGAUUCUGCAGCUGUGCUACUGCUGUCAAGCUCUCAGCCUCCAGCAGACCCACAAAGCGAUCUUCCCACAUCCUGCCAACACUUAUCCCUGAAGCACAAAUAAUAAACCAAUAACAUAAAGCAAUCCAAAGACACUUUAAAAAGGUAAAGCGACCCCUGACCAUUAGGUCCAGUCGUGACCGACUCUGGAGUUGCAGCGCUCAUCUCGCGUUAUUGGCCGAGGGAGCCGGCGUACAGCUUCCAGGUCAUGUGACCAGCAUGACAAAGCUACUUCUGGCGAACCAGAGCAGCACACAGAAACGCCGUUUACCUUCCCUUCCCGUUUACCUUACCUAUUUAUCUACUUGCACUUUGACAUGCUUUUGAACUGCUAGGUUGGCAGGAGCUGGGACCGAGCAACGGGAGCUCACCCUAUCAUGGGGAUUUGAACCGCCGACCUUCUGAUCGGCAAGCCCUAGGCUCAGUGGUUCAACCCACAGCGCCACCUGCGUCCAACACAUAUUCCUGAAGCACAAAUAAUACUAAACCAAUAACAUAAAGCAAUCCAAAAACACUUUAGGAUGUGUCAAUAAGCAAGCCAACCUAUGUCAUCAAAAGUUCUGCACUGGAAUGCCCUGCCCUUGCCUCAUGAAGGCCACUAAUAUUCACCAUCAAUGGCAUAUUCACGAGAAAACAUGUCACUUCCUCUUUAGUAAAAGCUCAGCUUGGCAGGUUUAUAAGGUUAACACAAAAGUGUUGUUUUUAAGCAAAUACUCUAAAUUUCAGACGGUUCAGUAAAGGGUAGUGCUCAUAUUGUGUGUUUUGUAUUGUUGCAGUUGGAGAAUAUUACAAACCAUGUAUAUGUAUUUAUAGUCUGUAAAGUAUAACGGGCUGCCAGACGAUCAUACUGGGGCGGUGAUUCUCUGAUUGCCUUUGUCUUCUAGUGUGUACAUGUUUUAACAGCUUUUGCUGGCAAAUUGAGCCACACUAGAUCUUAGAGGUACAGUGAUACCUGGUGUUACGUACCGUCCCCCUUACGAAUGCUGUGGGGUACGCGCUCCACUAACCGGGAAGUAGAUGGCCCUUGUUGCGACCUUUGCCCCGGGAUGCGAUUAAGUACGUAACACGAGGUACCACUGUGCCACUUAAAAUGUAGCAAACAAAGUUGCUCUUUCUGGCAUUAGCUUUCAUCGUGGUUUUUAACUACUGGAUGGUGUGUUCAGUUACAUGCUGCACUCUUUUUCUGUACUGUAUCAAGUAUGACGGGACUUCAUAUCUCCCUUUCAUAUUAAAAAGUUGAGUAUUUACUUCAAUGUUUUUCUGGUUCUUUCAGUAUAUACCGGUACUUCAUAUACAUGUACAUACAUCUGCAACAGCCAGGAGCAAUAAGUGGAGCAACUGGGUGGGAUCAUUGCCUCUGUCCCUGCUACUUCCU